CAUAUUUCUUAGUAAACAAUUACACUGCUGUUGCAUAACUUUUAGCUAUGAAGGUCAUCAUCGCCCUGUUGUCUUUGGCCGUUGCUGCUCAAGCCGGAUAUGUUCAACCAACCUGGGACUCUGUUAACAGCCUGGCAUGGAACUCAUGGAAUGGAGUGAAUGCAUGGAACAACGAAUGGAACGGCUGGAACAACUGGAACACCAAGGGCCUGAUUUCGUAUCCUUAUUCCUCAGCUCAUGGAUCCUGGCCAGCAGUAAACUCAGUCUAUGACAACGCCUGGAUCAACGGAAACGGAUGGUAUGGAGCGAAGCCAACUGUCGUUCAGGCCAACAUUGCCAAGGUUAAUCCAUGGGGACUUCCAUGGGCCGGAUAUGGUUAUGGACAUGGAUACAACAACUAUGUUUCUCAUGGCGCUCCAGUCGUUGCUGCCAAGUAUGUUGCUGCCAAUCCAGGAUCAGUUUAUGUUGCUCCACUUGUUGGACAUUCCGUCAACCAGAAGCUGAUUGUUGCCUAA